CAACAACAAAAUAUUACGGCUGUUCGGAGGAAUUGUGUCCUUUUAAAUUUUUGGAAGUUGUCAUUUAAUGAAAUAAUAGGAGCAUAAAUAUUGCUUUCGGAAAUUUAAUUAUGAAGCGAAGUAUGAAACAAUUCCAUGAAAAUAUUUUCUAGAUUUUCUUGUCUUUCCGGAAACGCCUCUUUUGUACAUUUAUAAAAUUUACAUGUGUUUUGUAUUCAAUUUUUCAUGGAUCCACCGAAAGUGACGGGACUUUCCCCAAAAGAAGGUGAACCUGGCACUAAAGUUAUCAUUCGAGGAGAAAAUCUUGGAAAAUCCCAGCGAGAUUUGUUGAGUCUUACAAUAUGUGGUAUUGAAUGUCUUACUUAUGCUGAAUGGCACUCGGCUAGCAAAAUUGUUGCUCGCUGUGGAGCUGUCCGAGUUCCACAAUAUGGGGAUGUUAUUGUUACUACAAAAACUGGUGGAAGAGGAACUUGUACAGUUCAGUUCAAAGUCCUUGUCAGAUGUAUUGGUCUUACUGAUGAAUCUGCUGUGUGGGUUGAUGAAUCUUGGUUUGGCAAAAACAGACCUACAUCUCCAUCUCAGUUGUAUCCAGAUGACCCUUUAAGAUUAUCUGAUGAGUCUAGUGUAGAAAGAUUUCCUCUUGAUGAGUUACAAGAACUAUAUUCUGAUGGUUCGGGUGAUAUUUUAGCUGAGAAUUUUGUGCCUGCAUGGUAUCUUUUGGAAAAUCACCAUGGUGCAAGAUUCGAUGAUUUGAAAACGGGGCUUGCAUUUUUGAGAAGAAAAGUGACAACUCAUGAUGAAGGACCUUUAGCAUUCAUGAAAUCAAAUGUCAGCUCUAUUAUGUCUUGUUUGGAAGCUCUUGAAAUUUUGAAGUCAACAUUGGAAAAAGAUGUUCAAACAUUAGAUCAGAAUUUAGCAGUUCCUGCCAAACAAGCAAUUCAAAAGGCAAAAGAAGAAGCAUUCGAUUUAUUUGAAGAAAUGUUGACAAGAAAAGAAAAGGGGGAUUCAACUAGAAAUGCUCUAAGUGUUCUACAGAGGUUUCGAUUCUUAUUUAACUUACCUGCUAAUAUUGAGAAAAAUAUUAGGAAGGGCGAAUAUGAAAUUGUUAUAAAUGACUAUGCAAGAGCAAAAUCCUUAUUCCAUGACACAGAAGUUGCAGUGUUUAAAAAAGUUUAUCAUGAGGUUGAACAAAGGAUUGAUAAGUUUAGAGAGAUGUUAUUAGAAAAAUUGAAAGAACAACCAUCCUCAGUUGAAGAGCAGAAGCGUUUAGUUAAAUUUUUAGUUAACUUAGAAGCUUCUUGUGAUCCUGCAUGGUUGUGUGUCACACACAAUAAAACAUGGCUGUUGAAUGUUCUGAAUGAAACCAAGGACAAACAUAUCACAAUAGCUUCAAAAAUGGAAAGUCGUGAAAACAGUGUUAGCUUAUCAUCUAGUGAUGUUCCUCAGAUUGUCAAAUUUAUCGUUGACAUUACAGAAACAUUUUCAGAACAUUUUCCAAAUCUAUGGAAAUUAGGUCAAGCAUAUCUUGGAGGUCAAUUACACAUAAGAGAGAACUCUGACAAUGAAGAUAAACAAGUUUUACCAAAAAAUAUUCAGUUUAAAAACAUGGUUGUAGAAGUGACUAAGAAGUUGUGUUCUUUCAUUCGUAUGGCUAUUCUUCCUGAUUCUCUUCAUUCUCUUUCGGUCCAUCAACUUAAGAGCCUUGGCACAUGGCCAAAAUCUGAGAGCAUCACUCCAUGGCUUCCCUAUUGUUUAAGAAGUGUCAGGAAUUGCUAUUCUGAUAUUUUGAAAUUGGAAAUUCCAGACGAAAUGAUUAGUUCAGUUCAGCAGUUGAUAUUUGAUUUGAAAGUUCAUGCUAUGAAAACUUUAUUUUCCCAUGCAUCUCUGGAUAUUCAGCAUUUGGAUGAGCGAGAGACAUGGGUGGUUGAAAUUGAUGAUCACAAUGGUGGCACUACACAAUUACCAUUGUUAUUUGAAAACAGGGUGGUAGAAACAUUACAACUUGUUCGUGAGACAGUGUUACAAUGUGGGCCUAAGGAAACGGAUAUUUUUCUUCAAAUAAAUGUCCAAGCAGCAAUAAAGCAAUCUGCACAAAGUCUUUUACAAGCCUUUGCUAUUGCUUUAGAAAAAAUGGCACUAGCUUCUGGCAAGAAAGAUGAGAGAGGCAAUAAGCAGCUUAUUCCCAGAACAGGUACAGCUAAUACAUCAAAUAUGUUUAUGGAUGAUGAAAACGAUAUUCCAUCUGAUGAGGCAAAAUGUUUAAUUAUCCUAAGUAACUGCAGUUAUACUGUAAAUUGCAUCAUUCCAAGAUUACAAGACAGCUUCGUCAAAUAUGGGUACCCUGAUAUGCAACUUGUCAUCAAGAGCAGUAUGUCACGCUUCAAAGAAGUAAGCACCAAAUUAUUCGAUACUUAUGUGGAAUGUAAAAGUGAUCCAAUCGUUGGUGCUGUGGAACCCAGAUUAUAUGCAGGUCAUUUUAGUUGGGAGUCUGGAUAUAAACCUUCAGGUGUCAGUGUGUAUAUCAAACAAACAAUAAUGGAUCUGAUUGAAAUACAUGCAGAGGUGUUUGCUGUAUCUCCACCUUUUGUUAGUAAGGUUUUAACAAGAGUAGUAGAAGGUGUUGUAGAAGAAUUGGCAAGGUUAUAUGAAUGUGCAGAGAGCUAUGAAGGCAAUUCUAACAUUCAAGCAACUUUGAACUUGAGAGCUUUUGAAGAUUCCAUGUCAGCUUAUAAAACAAAUAAUACCAAUAAAUAUUUCAUGACAUGUAGGAGCAAACUAAAGCCUUUUACCAGUCCUAAGGAUGCUGAAUUGGUGAAUGAUUUAUUAAGAGCUUUCAAAAACCAGAUAUGGCAGCAAUUGAUGUGCUUCAAAGAGGGAUUAGUAACUGUGUAAAAAUAUUUAAAAGAGGUGCUUUAAAUGUAAAUUUUGUAUUAAAGGAAAUAAAAUGUUAUGCAUUUGUGUU